UAUAGGGUCAUCUAUUUCUUAUUCAUAGAAGGGAUAGGGUGAGACUUAAGGACAAGAGGAUAUCAAAUUUGCACGUAAUGCAUGCAAAGUAGGUUACAGACCAAAAUGUUCACCUGAUUUUAUGGAUGCUGAUCACUAAUGCAGCUGAGUGCUAUGUAAUAUAAGUCGCUAUUAUGACAAGUACUUUUGUGACAGUUGUUUCAUUGCUUUCAGGGAACCCAUUCCAUUGUAUUGAUGGCUGUGGUUGACAGCCAGUACCUUUUCCGGCUAGUUGAUGUGGGUGCACCUGGGAGGUUCAGUGAUGGGGGAAUUUUCAAAGAUUCCCUUAUCGGCAAGCGAAUGCAUGAGGGCAAGCUUAAUCUACCACGAGCAGCCACGCUCCCAAGGUCGGAAAGGGUUUGUCCUCAUGUGUUUGUUGGCGAUGAGGCCUUCCAGCUGCGCCCAGAUUUCAUGAGGCCACUGCCAGGGAGCCGGACUGCACCUGAGGAGGUGAUCUUCAACUACCGCCUCAGUCGUGCAAGACGCUGCGUGGAAAAUGCCUUCGGCAUUCUUGUAUCUCGCUGGCGGAUAUACGAGAGGCAGAUCAACAUGGAGCCCAAAAAUGCAGACAUCAUUGUGAAGGCGACAUGCGUGCUGCACAACUUCCUUUCUUCAAAUGCUGCAUCUACGUACUGUCCUCCUGGCUACGCGGAUUUCCAAGACAUGUUUGGAACUGUGAGCAGUGGCACCUGGAGACAAGGACCAGAAAGCACUGCAGUGUUCGGUUUGGAGAAAUCAAAGGCCCAUAACUGUACUAGAGUGGCCAAUGCGGUGCGACAGGAGUUCCUGAAGUACUUCAAUGAUGAAGGCCAAGUGCCUUGGCAAUGGAAGCUGCCAGGAGUCGCCGCGCAACGUGAUGAUGCAAACAAACAAGCAACGAGUGGCUAA